AUGCCAGGGGACGAAAAUGAAAAAUGUCCUUGUCUCGGCGUAUUAGACGUUUUCCAUCUGUCRAGGAAGGUGACGUCUGUGGUUCCGGAGAGCUGCCUCCUCAUCCUGCUGGGGCUGGGCCUUGGGGGCAUCGUGUUGGCCGUGGCAAAGAAAGCCGAGUACCAGCUGGAGCCCAACAUGUUCUUCCUCUUCCUCCUGCCCCCCAUAGUCCUMGACUCCGGCUACUUCAUGCCCAGCCGGCUCUUCUUUGACAACAUCGGCUCCAUCCUCACCUACGCGGUGGUGGGCACGCUCUGGAACUCCUUCGCCACCGGCAUGGCACUCUGGGGGCUGCAUCAGGCCGGGCUCAUGGAUCCGGGUGUCAAAGCCGAGCUGAUGGAUUUCCUGCUCUUUGGAAGCCUUAUCUCGGCUGUGGACCCUGUGGCAGUGCUGGCUGUCUUUGAAGAGGUGCAUGUGAACGAGACCCUGUUCAUCAUUGUGUUUGGCGAGUCCCUCCUGAACGAUGCUGUCACGGUGGUGCUGUACAAAGUCUUCAACUCCUUUGUGGAGCUGGGCCCAGCGCACAUCCAUGCCAUGGACUAUGUGAAGGGGGUAGGUGAGUAUGUGCCCCGUCGGUCCCUCCAUUUCUUCYCCCAGCAGGCCGGUGUGGCCGGGGGCACAGUCACCAUCACGCAGCGGGAUGGGUGCUGAGCACCUGGCGCUCUCAGAUACUCCAUCCUAACUGUUGGGUGAAUCGGGCACUCACCAGCCAUCAGGCCACAGGCCGCUGGAUUG